AUGGAUGAAGUUGACAGUCUUAUGAAUGAAACCGUAGCUAAUAAUUCUACAGUAGCUUUUACUCCAGAUGCCGGAAUUUCCUCUGCUGCCUUGUUUUUUAUGGCCAUAAUUCCUAUUUACAUCGGUUGCCAUAAGUCCAUCAAAGCGGUUGAAGAAUCUAUGAAGCAAGAAUCCUCUGAAUUAACCGUUUUAAAACCCAAAGAAGUGGCAAUGUUUCCUGUGAUUGCCUCUUGCACACUAUUUGGUAUUUUCUUGGUGUUUAAGGUUAUUGCAGCCGAGCAUAUUAAUAUGCUCCUUUCCGUUUAUUCCUUUAUUUUGGGAUGUCAAACUGUGUUCACUUUGUCGAGGCCUUUGUCAAGACUCCUUCCAAACUCUCUAUCAACGACACGGUUUACUUUGACACUAAGGCAAACACAUGAAGGGGAUGACAGAGAUAUUGAGGAUUUUAAAUUUGAAUUUGACAAACGAGACGCUUUGCCGUUUCUGGUAGCCAUAUCAACGAGCAUUGCUUAUGUUACUACCAAGCACUGGAUGGCUAAUAACAUAAUCGGUAUUUCUAUUGCGAUUACUGGGAUCCAGUAUCUACACCUUGAUCGUGUCAUCAAUGGAUGCAUUCUCCUUGGCGGUCUGUUUGUUUAUGAUAUCUUUUGGGUAUUCGGAACCGGUGUUAUGGUUUUUGUGGCCACAAACUUUGAUGCUCCAGUUAAAGUAGUCUUUCCAAGAGAUUUCCUUACAAAGGGCUUCCUCUCGAAAAAUGUUGGAAUGCUUGGACUUGGUGAUAUCGUCAUACCAGGAAUUUUCUUAGCUAUUCUUCUCCGAUUUGACGCCAAGCUUAACAGAAAUGGGAGUCGAUUGUAUUUCUGGACCGGUUAUAUCGCUUACAUCAUUGGUCUUCUUUUAACCUUCAUUUUCAUGUACACCUUCCGACAUGCCCAGCCCGCCUUACUCUAUUUGGUCCCAACUUGUUUGGGUUUCCCUCUUGCCAUGGCGCUCGUUAGGGGAGAUUUCGAACAACUCAUGGCUUACAAAGACAUUCCCGAAGAGGUGGAGGCGCGCAUUAAGGCAUUGAAGGAAGAAAAUGUGAAGAAAAGUGCUCAAUUAACUCACCUCGGACAUAUGGCUAAGACACGACGCUUUCAACGCAAUAUUUGCCGAGUGAGUGGGAAAAAGGCAUGGACAUAA